UAACGAAAUGUCAUUUGUCGUUAAUUCAUUUAGUGAAAAAAUUAUUUCGUUUUUACAUUAUUUUUGUUACUUAUUAUAAACGUAAACAUAUCGUGUACUAUACAAUAAUGUAUGAAAUAUUUUAUAAUAAAUGAAAAAAAGACUGGAGCAAUGGCAGAGGUUGAGGAAACUCCACCGGAAACAACAGAAGCACCUGCAGAACAGGAUGUUGUAUCAGAAGAAGAUAAACAGUAUCUGUUGGAUUAUGUUAAAGAAACAGAACAGCGGCUCAAUGCGAAAGAAGAGAUUAGAGCUGCUAAUUUAAAUCCUAAUAGACCACCAGAUUCAUAUUUUAGCAAACUAGAUUCAACAUUGAAACGAAAUACCACAUUUGUUAAAAAACUGAAAAACUUUAGUAGUAUACAGUUAGAUGUAGUUUUGAAAGAUAUGACACAUCUCAAUUUGACAAAAUAUGUAAGCGAAGUUGCUACUGCUUUAGUAGAUGCUAAGUUAAAAAUGACAGAUGUUGCAUCUGCUAUUAAAGUAUGUAGUUUUUUGCAUCAAACUUAUGUGGAAUUUUCAACGCACUUCUUUGAAAAUUGGCAAAGAAUUUUAUCUCUUAAGGUUGUUGAUAAAAUUGCAAACCCAAGCAAACUUAGGGUUGAUCUCAGGUUUUAUGCUGAACUAGUUAAUGCAGGAAUUUUCACGCAUAAACAAGGAUUACCUUUACUAGGUUCUGCGUUAACAGUUUUAAUCAAUAUGGACAAAGAAGAACACAAUAAUGCAAGCAUUAUAUUAAGUUUUUGCAAACAUUGUGGUGAAGAUUAUGCUGGUCUUGUACCUAAAAAAGUGAGAGAAAUAUCUGAAAAAUUAAAUAUACAAAUACCUAAAAGCAAGUUACUCUCACCUGAUAAGCAGCAAAAUGUAAGAUUAUUACUACGAGAUUAUUAUAACUCAUUGUGUAAACAUCUAUUAAAAGAACACAAGGAUCUGCAAGCUUUUGAAAAGCAAAAUCGAAAAAUCUUACAAACCAGAGGUGAAUUAAGUUCUGAGAGGAAAGAAAAGCUUGAAAGUCUACAAGUAUCCUAUGAACGUUUAUUAAAUAAUGUACAAAGUUUUUCUGAAACUUUGGAUGAACCCAUGCCAGAACUGCCUGUGGACAGUGAAAUGAAAGCAGAAGCAGAAGAAACCAUGAAAAUGAUUAGUGAAGGAGAAGAAAAUAGUAUUCUCGAAGACAUGUGGGGAGAUGAAGAAACCAGAAGAUUUUACGAAGUCUUACCUGACUUAACAGUAUUUCUUCCAGGAUCAUAUUUAAAAGAAGUACCUAAGCAAGAUGUGCCGAUAAGCGAAGAAGCUUUAGAUGAGGAAAUAACAUUUGAUGAAUUAGAAGAAACUGAAAAAGUGGAUGAGCCAGAAGCAGAAGUAGAAGAACCUCAGGUUUCAAAAAGCAAUAAAAUAUUAUUAGACGCAUUCCUAGCACAUUUACCAAAUUGUGUAAAUCGUGAAAUGAUCGAUAACGCAGCAGUACACUUUUUAAUGAAUCUUAAUACCAAGCAUCACAAGAAAAAAUUAGUAAAAGCAUUGUUUGGCGUAUCCAGAAUUCGUCUCGAUCUGUUACCGUUUUACUCGCGUUUAGCUGCUAUUCUUUAUCCUGUCAUGCCUGAUGUUGGAAACGAUUUAUGUUCAAUGUUAAAACACGACUUUAAAUAUCACGUACGUAAAAAGGAUCAAAUUAACAUUGAAUCAAAAGUAAAAGUAGUCAGAUAUAUUGGUGAACUCGUUAAAUUUAAACUUUACUCAAAGAUAGAAGCAUUAUACUGUUUGAAAGUUUUACUGCACGACUUUACGCAUCACCACAUUGAAAUGGCUUGCAAUUUAUUAGAAACAUGUGGAAGAUACUUAUUUUGCUCACCAGAUUCGCAUCAAAGAACCAAAGUUUAUUUAGAACAAAUGAUGCGUAAAAAAGCAGUCACUGCAUUGGAUUCACGUUAUGUAACAAUAAUUGAAAAUGCAUAUUAUUUUGUAAAUCCACCAGAAUCUACGGGUGGUGUCUCUAGGAAAGACAGACCACCAAUUCAUGAAUUCAUAAGGAAAUUACUAUAUCAAGAUCUUUCAAAAACAAAUACCGAUAAGGUUCUUAAAUGGAUGCGUAAAUUAGAUUGGGAAGAUGAAAGCGUAUCAUCUUAUGCUAUUAAAUGUCUCACUGCCGCGUAUAAUGUUAAAUACUUAAACAUUCGGUGUGUUGGAAGUUUGUUAGCUGGGCUUGUUGCACAUUAUGAAACCAUAGGUCCUCAUGUAGUUGAUGGUGUAUUAGAAGAUAUAAGGCUAUGCAUGGAGAUUAAUUUACCAAAAUACAACCAACGACGUAUUGCUAUGGUUAAAUACCUCGGUGAAUUGUACAAUUAUCGUAUGGUAGAAAGCGGAGACAUCUUCAGAACGUUGUAUCUUCUGAUCACCUUUGGAGUUAGUAUGGAUCAUUCUAUACCAAGUGUUCUCGAUCCUCCAGAUCAUCUGUUUCGCAUUAGAUUAGUUUGUACAUUAUUAGAAACCUGUGGACAAUAUUUUAAUGGUGGUUCUAGCAAGAAGAAAUUGGAUUACUUCUUAAUAUUCUUUCAAAAUUAUUAUUGGUUUAAAUAUACUGAUCCUAUCUGGACUACUGAAAAUCCUUUUCCGGUAGGAAUAGAUUACAUGUAUCGUGACACGUUAACGAUGUUAAGGCCUAAAAUGCAAUUGUUUCAAAGCUACAAAGAAGCACAAUGUGCCGUGGAAGAAUUACGGAAUACAUUGUAUCCCACUCUUGGAAAUUCUACUACUGAGGAUGGCGUCGAUCGUACCGAUGGAGAAUCGGACAUGGGUGUAAUCGCUGAAGGUGACGAAGAAAUGACUGUAACAUCCGGAAAUGGUAGUGGAGAUGCGAAAGGCGUAGCUGACUUACAUUUUGAAGAAUCUGAAGAUUGUUCGGAAGCACAGUCAGAAGAAGAAUGGACAGCUGAUGCAGAAAGAGAUGACACAAUUGGCACUCAAGAGAAUACACAAGGAGAUCAGAGUCUUUCAGAAGGAGGUACAGAUGGUGUUAUUAUGGAUGUAACAGAAUUAAACGCAGCACUACCUGCUGGUCCUAGAAGAGUAAGUUGCCCUGAGGAUGACGACUUUCUAUCUGCUCUUGAUAAGAUGGUUUCAGACAAUAUACAAGAUAGAAUGCGAGAUUCUGUAAAACCACAGCAAGUAGAUAUUUCUGUUCCUUUACACGUGAAAAGUACUAAAAAGACAUAUGAGCAGCUACAGGAAAGACCAACUGAUACUAACACAGUUGAUUUUGUGCUCAUGCUAAGAAAGGGUAACAAACAACAAUACAAAAACUUAGCAGUUCCUGUAUCAUCAGAGUUAGCAAUGAACCUCAGAAAUCGCGAACAAGAGCAAAAAGAAGAGAAAGAACGAGUAAAAAGAUUAACGUUAAACAUCACUGAAAGGCAAGAAGAAGAGGAUUAUCAGGAAACAAUUAAUCAGAGUACUAGGCCAGUAACAGUAAACUUAAAUAGAGAAAGACGGCAAAAGUAUAAUCAUCCUAAAGGUGCACCGGAUGCUGAUCUCAUCUUUGGUCCCAAAAAAAUUCGGUAGAUGUAUUUUAUUUUUGGUGAGAUAUUUGUCACAUGAAAUCGCAAGUAAUUUUAUGUUAAAUCGCGGAUUGUACGGUGUUCACAUUUCUUUGUAAAAUUUGCAAGAAAUUAAUGUUUCUUUAUUUUUAAUUUAAAAUACAUAUCUGUCUGCUCAUCGUAUGAAUUCUUAGUCAUAUGUGAUUUUUUGUAUAAAAUAUAUUCUUGCGAAAUACACGAAUGUCAUGUGUCAAUAUGUAUUUGAAAAUACAUUUAAAAUGCGAGGUAACAAAGUUAUUACCUUUUGAUACAAUUGAUACAUUCAAAUAAUAUACAUGUUAGAUUACGUAAUUUUUAUGUACAAAUAAAACUACUUACCAAAUUUCGAAUUAAAAAAAAAAUCGAUUUGGUCAAACUGCCAUUUCCAUGUUAUCUAUCAUGAAAUUGUAAAUUUUGCAAUCAAAACUUACGUAUUGACAUAAUAAAAGUUGUAUUAAUUAUA